AUGCAAGCACGGGCGGCAGCGGUCUCUAUGCCAAGACAAAGGUCCCGGUGCAAGGAGUGCGGAGGUGGAAGCAUAUGCAAGCACGGGCGACAGCGAUCUCGAUGCCAAGAGUGCGGAGGUGGAAGCAUGUGCGAGCACGGGCGACAGCGAGCAUCAUGCAGAGAGUGCGGAGGAGGGAGUAUAUGCGAGCAUGGGCGGCAGCGAGCAUCAUGCAAAGAGUGUGGGGGGGGGAGCAUCUGUGAACAUUCGCGGCAACGGUCUCGAUGCAGAGAGUGCGGAGGAGGGAGUAUAUGCGAGCACGGGCGGAGGCGAUCAAACUGCAAGUGUUGCAGAGGAGGGAGCGUAUGCGAGCACGGGCGGCAGCGAUCGAGAUGCAAGGGAUGCGGGGGAGGAAGCAUAUGCGAGCACGAGCGGCAGCGAUUCCAAUGCAGGGCAUGCGGAGGAGGGAGCAUAUGCGAACAUGGGCAAGUACGAUCACGAUGCAAGCAAUGCGGAGGAGGGAGCAUAUGCGUGCACGGGCGUCAACGAGCAUCAUGCAAAGAUUGUUCAGGAGGGAGUAUUUGCAAGCAUAGGAAGGUAAGAUCACGAUGCAAAGAAUGCGGGGGAGGGAGCAUAUGUGAGCACAAUCUCCAUAAAUCAUCGUGCAAAAAGUGUGGGGGAGGGAGCAUAUGCGAGCAUGGGAGAGUUCGAUCGCAGUGCAAGGAUUGUGGAGGAGGAAGCAUCUGCAAACAUGGUCGGAGAAGGUCACGAUGCAAAGGAUGUGGGGGAGGGAGCAUAUGCCAGCAUGGGCGGCAGAGAUCACGAUGUAAAGAAUGCGGGGGAGGGAGCAUAUGCGAACAUGGACAACGGCGAUCUGGAUGCAAGUCUUGCAGAGGAGGAAGCAUAUGCGAGCAUGGAAGAGCACGAUCACAAUGCAAGGAAUGUGGCGGAGGAAGCGUAUGCGAGCACGGGCGGCAGCGAUCGCAGUGCAAGGAAUGUGGUGGGGGGAGUAUAUGCGAGCAUGAACGAAGGCGAUCACAAUGCAGGGAAUGUGGGGGAGGGAGCAUAUGCGAGCACGGGCGUAGACGAUUGAUAUGCAGGGGAUGCAACAUAGUCACAUCUCGUAGCACUCCCGCAGGCGUACACAUGUGA